CGCAUCGCCAUUCCAACUCCAACCAUCAAACGGAGAGGACCACCGACCUCCUUCGUCCCCACCGACAGACAAGGAGGAGCUUUGGACAAAUUCAUACGGCGUCGCAUAUAAGAGCGAGGUCCGGUAUGGAGGACAGUGCAGUCUUCCACGUCGCGUUGGUGCUGGUGGUCAGCCUGGCCGCAGUCACACAUGCAGCACCAUUUUCCAGUAGUGACCUCCAGCAACGACAGACCGACCUUUCUGCACUUUUCCAUUCAUCUAAAGGAGGUAUGAUCGGCCCUUUGUUCCGCGACGAUGAGCUCAGUUUGGCUUCAGGUGAUGGAGGUUGCUACUACCAGUUCCAGCACUAUGACGAGGGGGACAGGAUUAUCACCAAUGAGCCUUGCCUCAACUGCACUUGCCAUAACUCGAUGCUCAUGUGCUACUUGAAGGUAUGCCCAUUCAGCAAGCCUAUUGGGCAAGACUGCACUGUUGAGAAACGACCAGAUCAGUGCUGCCCUGUGAUCACCUGUCCUCAAGUCCCAGUGAAUCUCCAGGUAAUGCAGAUGACCUCCACAACGACAGCUGCCCCUCCCGCCCCAACUACUGCAUUGGUUCCCUACACCGAACACGGUUGCACCAUAGAAGGAAAAUACUACCCAGAUGGUGCUCAGGUCCCAGGUGUGCCAGGAAAACCAUGCGAGCUGUGCUAUUGUAUCAGAAACCACACAGCGUGCGUUAUGCAGGAAUGUAUUCUCAUGGUCCAUGGUUGUGACCCCGUUUUUGAGGAUGGAGUUUGUUGCCCAGUUCGAUACAAGUGUGCUCACGACGAGGAGACAGGGCUUGAAACCACGACUACAGUUCCUGCAACCGCCGCCAAUGGAAGCGUCAUACUUACCACAACCAUACAGCCGAUGCCCGUUGGAUGUAUGCACAAGGGCGAAUUCUAUGAAGAUGGUGCCUCGAUCCCGUCAGAAGACCCAUGCGAACACUGCUACUGCAUGAAGAGCGAUCUGGUAUGCGCCAUUCAGGAAUGCAUGUCUCCCCUGGAUGAGAUGCAAGAGAGCUGCACUCCUCGACCGGCUCCUCCUGGCCAAUGCUGCCCCGAGGCUUAUGAUUGCCCUGAGCUCCCAGAAAUCACCACGGUCACGCUUGAUUAUUCAAGUCUUGCCUCGACUACCGAAAGCGUCACUUCAGACACCGAUGAAGUUACUGCUGAAAUUAGCACAGAAGCCCCGGUUGACAAAACAUCCACUGACACGGCCACCGAUGUUGACACUGAAGAAUCCGCAACGGAUGUUCCUAUUGCUGAGAUAGAUGUGACUGGCAUUCCCUCAAUUGACACUGAUGAAACAUCAACUGAUGUUCCAGCUAUUGAGAUUGAUGAAGUGGCAACUGAUAUUUCCAUUACUGAUGUAGAUGAAACUUCAGAUACUCCUGCUGUAGAUACUGAUGAAUCAGCAACUGAUGUUCCAUCUGUUGAGACUGAAGAAACUUCAGAUGCUCCCGUCGUUGAUAUUGAUGAAACAGCAACGGAUGCCCCAACUGCAGAGGUUGAUGAAACAGCAACUGAUGCUCCUACUGUAGGUGUUGAUGAAACAGCAACUGAUGCUCCUACUGUAGGUGUUGAUGAAACAGCAACUGAUGCUCCUACUGUAGGUGUUGAUGAAACAGCAACUGAAGGUCCCUUUGUAGAUGUUGAUGAAACAGCAACUGAUGCCCCUGCUGUAGAUGUUGAUGAAACAGCAACUGAUGCCCCUGCUGUAGAUGUUGAUGAAACAGCAACUGAUGCCCCUGCUGUAGAUGUUGAUGAAACAGCAACUGAUGCCCCUGCUGUAGAUGUGAACACUGAUGUGAUGAUGUUGAUGAAACAGCAGAUGCCCCUGAAUGUUGAUGAAACAGCAACUGAUGCCCCUGCUGUAGAUGUUGAUGAAACAGCAACUGAUGCCCCUGCUGUAGAUGUUGAUGAAACAGCAACUGAUGAUGAAAACCCUGAUGCUGCUGUAGAUGUAGAUGAAACAGCAACUGAUGCCCCUGCCAAACUGAUGCCCUGCUAUGUUGAUGAAACAGCAACUGAUGCCCCUGCUGUAGAUGUUGAUGAAACAGCAACUGAUGCCCCUGCUGUAGAUGUUGAUGAAACAGCAACUGAUGCCCCUGCUAGUAAUAUGUUGAUGAAACCUGAUGCCCCUGCUGUAGAUGUUGAUGAAACAGCAACUGAUGCUCCUACUGUUGAUACUAAUGAAACAACAACUGAUGGAACUGCAACUGAUGUUCCUGCUAUCGACACUGGUAUAACCACAGAUGCUCCCACUGCAGAGACUGCUACUGUCUUACCAGAAGAUAGCAGCAUGUGUUAUGUCAAUGGUACAAGCUACAGUAAUAACAGUAUUGUCCCUGCGUAUACCCCUUGUCAAGAGAGCUGUCGAUGCAUUAAUGGUGCUGUUUCCUGCAAAUUAGUGGCUUGCCCGCCUGCACCACCAGCAUUCCUUAGAUGCACCUCAGCUCCAGUUGAAGGAGAGUGUUGUCCGAGCCACACAUGCCCACCUGUCAAGCCAGAUACAACAGAGACCCCUGGAUGCGUCAGUGAUGGUGUUCAAUAUUAUGACGGAGAAUUUGUGCCUAGUUCUGAUCUAUGUUCAGACUGCUACUGUCUUGGUGGUGAAGUCAUCUGUGCAAUCCUUGAAUGUCCUCAACCCCAGGGACAAAACUGUACUGCCGUAGAACGACCUCUUGGAAGUUGCUGCCCAACAAAAUAUGAAUGUGAUGAAGUUGAUAUGCCCGACUCCUUAAGCCAAGUAACAGAUGCAGAUUCUGAGGGUAAGGUAACUCCAUCUUCCACUUUUACCAUUGGAGUGGACGAAAGUCAUACAGAAGCUACAUCUCAGGCUGGUGAAGAUGUGACAUCUACAAAGGCCCCAGUAGAUGGAGCAGUUGAGGAACCAGUAACACCAGCUAGUACUGAUGGGGAAGUUCCUGUUGAAAGCACACUCUCAACUGGUUCCCCUGAUGACAUGAUGACUGGUCCAGUGAUAGGACUAGAAACAAGAACAACAGCCCCUGAUGACUACAGUGUUCUUACUACACCUAUGACAACCAUUACUGAGGAUGUCUCAACUCAAACAGAAAGUCCUGUUGAUCAAUCUUCUGUUGAUAUCACAGAUGAAACUACUAGCAUUCCUGAGACUGAUGAUACUACAGUUAUGGAAACUGCAGACCCUGAAAUAGGCAAAACCACUGGUACCCCUGCAGUUGAAGCUACCUCAGAAGUUCCUAUUGUUGAUGAGACAGGUACUGAAUCUCCAGAACUUGAAAGGCCAGUGACUGAUAUUCCCACGGUUGUUGCAGUUACUGAUGUUCCUGAUGAUAAAGAACCAACCACAGAGACACCACUUGAAAUUGAAACAGGAACUGAUAGUCCAACAGGGGAUCAAAUAGCUACUGGUGUACCUACAUUAGGUGAAGUAACAACAGAUGUUGAUGAGACAGCUACAGGUAUCCCUGCAGUUGACACAGAUGGAACGGAUAUGGUUACAGACAUCCCAGAGGAAGUGAUUUCAACAGUCAGCCUUCCUGAUAAAGAAGGUAUUCCUGGUGAGGGAAGUUGUAUGGCUAAUGGAACUACUUAUUCAAAUGGAGACAAUGUGCCAGCUUCAAGGCCAUGCCACCAAUUAUGUACCUGUAAGAACAGUAUAGUGUCAUGUGAGCUGCAAGCCUGUCCUCCCCCACCUCCAGCAUUCUUACGCUGUGCUCCUGUGGAAGAUCCAGAGCAAUGCUGUCCAUCAUAUGACUGUCCUACCGUAGAACCUGAUACCACAGAAUACCCAGGAUGCUUGAGAGAUGGAAUACAGUAUCUAGAAGGAGAAUAUGUUCCAAGUCCAGACAUCUGUACUGACUGUUAUUGUCUCAGUGGGGAAAUUAUUUGUGCAGUCCUUGAGUGCCCAGUGCCUGCUGGUGCGAACUGCAAACCAAUGUCUAGAGCAACUGACAGCUGCUGUCCUUCAAAAUAUGAAUGUGAUGACUUGGAGACAGAUACUGAUGCAGUCAAUCAAACAGUUACUGAUGCACCAACUGGAAUUGAUGAAACAGCUACUGAAGUUGAUCAGACAACUACUGAUGCUCCAGUUGAAGUUGAUCAGACAUCUACUGAUGCCCCAUAUCAGACAAGCACACUAGAUGCCCCAGACUGUCUUGAUCAGAACAGCUUGACUCGAUUGCCCCAGUUUGGAAGUUUGAUCAGACAAUGUCUUCUGAUGCCCCAGAUGAUCGUUGAUUCAGACAGGCCCACACUGAUAUGCUCCCAAGUUGUAAAUGUGAUGAGACAGUGCCACUUGUAUGGCCCAGAUUCUUUGAAAGCCCCAGUUGAAGUUGAUCAAACUUGCACUGAUGCCCCAGUGAGAUUGAAUCAAACAAGUAUGGAUGCCCCAGUUCAAGAUUGGAUGAGAACUGCACUGAUCCCAGUUGAAGUUGAUGAACUGCCACUGAUGCCCCAGUUGAAGUUGAUCAAACAGCCACUGAUGCCCCAGUUGAAGUUGAUGAAACUGCCACUGAUGCCCCAGUUUGAAUUGACAAGUGAUGAAACUGCCACUGAUGCCCCCCAGUUGGAAGUUGCAUCAAAACAGCCUACUGAUGCCGCAGUUGGAGUUUGCACAGGAAAACAGCCACUGCAUGCACCCAGUUUGAAGGUGAUGAAAACAGCCACCUUGAUGCCCCAGCUUGGAAUUGAAGAUGAUCAGACAGCCACUGAUGCCCCAGUUUUGAAGAUUGAUGAAAAAGACUGCCCACGUGAUGCCCAGAUGAAAACAGCCACUUUGAUGCCCCAAGUUGAAGUGAUGCAGAACCGCCAAACUAAGUGCACCAAGUUGAAGUUGAAGUUGGAUGGAAACUGCCAACUUGAUAUUCCCACCAGUUUGAUCAAACAAGCCACUGAUGCCCCAGUUGAAGCUAGCAUGAAACAGCCACUGAUAUGCCCCAUAUUUUUUAAGUUGAUCAAACUACCACAUGGAUGUGAAUCAGAACAACAGCCACUAGAUAAUGCACACCUGAGUGGACGAUUAGAUCAAUACCUGAGCCGAACUGCAUGCCCCAGUAUGAAGUUGAAGUUGAUCAAACUGCUACUGACUGCCCCAGUUGAAGAUGCCAUCAAACUGCCACACAACUGCCCACAGUUGAGCUUGGAGGUCAAAACAGCCACUGAUGCCCCAUAUUUAUCGGCGCCACUGGAUGCCACACGGAGUGAGCUUGUUGAUCAGAAUCAAGCCGAGCUGGUCACCUCCAGUGAUAAGUGGAUGAAAGCAGGCCACUUGAUGUGGCUCCCAGUGAUGGAUCAGUACGAAGCCACAUACUCAACUGAUGCCCCAGUGAAGUUGAAAGUUCGAAAUGCGACUGCCACUGCAUUGGUCCCCGAGUCUGAGAUGAUACAGAGACAGCCACUGGAUGCCGCCGUUGACGUUGAUCAGACAGCCACUGAUGCCCCGGUUGAAGUUGAUCAAAUGGCUACUGAUGCCCCAGUUGUUGAUCAAAUGGCUACUGAUGCCCCAGUUGUUGAUCAAAUGGCUACUGAUGCCCCAGUUGUUGAUCAAAUGGCUACUGAUGCCCCAGUUGUGAUCAAAAUGGCUACUGAUGCCCCAUUUGCCCCAUUGACGAUGGACAAAGCCACUGAUACCCCAGUUGAAAUGAUCUAUACAGCCACUGAUUUCCCUGAAGUUGAACAGACAGCUACUGAUGCUCCAGUUGAAGUUGAUGAAACAGCUACUGAUGGCCCACUUGAAGUUGAUGAAACUGCCACUGAUGCCCCAGUGGAAGUUGAUGAAACAGCCACUGAUGCCCCAGUUGAAGUUGAUCAGACAGCUACUGAUGCCCCAGUUGCUUCCACUACAACAGAUGGUGAUAAAGAAGGAGCUGUUGAUUUGCCAGAGAAUUGUGUGGUUCAAGGUUCUAUGUAUUAUGAUGGUUCCUUUGUUCCAGCUUCUUCUGCAUGCCAAGAAAAUUGCAGAUGUACCAAUGGAACUGUUAUGUGUGAACGUCCAUCUUGCCCCCCUGCACCUCCUGCUUUCCUCAGGUGUUCUCCCAUCCCUCCUCAAGAUAGUUGUUGCCCAACCUAUGACUGUCCUCCCAUCAUAGACCCUACAGUCACAGAGGCACCUCAGUGUGAAAAAGAUGGUUCCAUAUACAAUGAUGGUGAUUAUGUACCAAGCCCAAGCGAAUGUACAGACUGUUAUUGUCUAGGAGGCGAAAUUAUUUGUGCCUAUUUGGAAUGUGUUGCACCUGGAGAUAAUUGUACACCUGUUUCACAGUUAAAUAAUUCUUGCUGCCCUGACAAAUAUGAAUGUGCUGAUGUGCCUGAUAGCUUAAUGGCUACAACCAUCUCACCAAUUGGAGCGUCUGCUACAGAUACAGCCAACGGAACUAGUCCAAGUACUGUAAUACCUGUAACUGAGAGCAUUUCCACUAUCAGCACAGUGGCUCCAGAGACUGAAUUCAAACCAUCAAGUACCUUCCCAUCUGUAGUUACUGACGAGCCAGAAACUGAGUCUUCUGAUGCUCCAGUUACCACAAGUCCUGAGGGCAUAGAGAUCUCCUUCCCCACAGAUGGGGUAACCACUGAUGCUGAUGGAGUCAGUUCUAUCAUUACAGAGGCUUCCAUUGCUACAGAUGGUUUAGAAACUGAGUCACCAGGUAUCACUAUUUCCUCCUUUGUAACUGAAGCAACAUCUGAGGGUGUAGUCUCAGAUGUAACUGGACCACCUGUAACCCCAAGUGUUACCAGUACAUCAAGCUUAGAUAUUACCACCACCACAGAAUCAGUUCCCAGCUCCGGUGAACCUAUGCUAACUGAAGCUUCAGUUGCCACUGAAGAACCAGAGACUGAGGCUACAAUUGGCAUCGUUGUUGAUGUAACAAGUGCCCCUACAGUUGUAUCUUCAUCAGGUACGAGUGUUACAGAGGAACCGUCAGCCACAGACUCACCCCUUACAGAACCAACUGAUUCUGGCUAUGCCACUGAAGCAACUAUUUCUGUGACAGAAUCUACCACAGUUACUGAUGCUGAUGUACAAGUAAGUACAGAGAAGCCUGGAGUUACUGAAAGCAUCGAAGGUCAAGUGACAACUAAAUCAACAGAAUCUACAUCAGAAUAUUCAGGGUCUUCUGAAACAGCUUCACCAGAUAUUCCAGUUUCAACAGAAGUCCCAACACAAACGGCAUCAGAGGUACCAACAGAAUUAACAGAUGUUCCAGUUUCCACUGAAUUACCUACAGCUUCAACAUCAACGGAAUUUCCAGUCUCAACUGAGUCAGCUGUACCGCAGGUGCCUACAGAAGUAUCAGCAGCUACAGGAGCAGCUGGAGAAACCUCAGUAUCAACUGAAUCAGCAUCGACAGUUGAUUCUGUGCCGUCUGAAUUAUCAACUGAAGCUCCAUUCCCACCCUUCCCUGGUACUACAUCUGUCUUCCCUAAGCCGGAAACCACCACCUGGAAACCAUCAACUACCACAGAGCUCAUUAUUGGGCCAGGAGCUUGUGUAUUUGAUGGUGAAGUAUACCUCUCUGCACAACAAAUUCCACGAGAUGACCCAUGCGACUUCUGUUUCUGCUUCCGUGGAGACAUCAUCUGUUUGCAACAGUCAUGUCCUCCACCUAUCCCUGGGUGUUAUGAAGAAGCCAUUCCUGGGUUCUGCUGCCCACGAUACGAGUGUCCAGUCACCCAGGCAGUGGUUAACAUUACUACUACUACCACACCUAUUCCUACCUAUCCACCUGUCCAGAAGGUAGAAGAAGUCACUAUGUGUGAAAUUGGCGAUCGUUUCUACCACCCUGGCGAGCUCGUAGAAGAAGCUUCUGGACCUUGUCUUGAGUGCAGGUGCGGAAAGGACGGCAUGAUGGAAUGCGAGCCCCGUGAGUGCCGAGCAGAACCUAUGCUUCGCAAAAUCUUGGGCACUAAGGGCAACUUAUAUGGUCGGUGAAGUCCCUUACUGGAAGUGGCUUCCCGCUCCUAUGUCUACUACAUUCACCCUAUUCACGAGCGGUGACUCAGGAUUCACUCUGAAAACACGUCGCUUGUGCUUCCUUGCUUGGCUCUGUGUCGUUAUACACUGAGCACGGGAAAUGGCAUUAAACCAAUAUGUCGCAUGAUUAAUAUGACGUUGUUUCCACAGGAGUGAACGUGCCCAGUUUCUAUCAUAAGUAAUUCCCAUUCCUUCGAUCCCUUCCUGUAGCUCUUAGGGUAGCUCUCCGUGACCAUAACGCUCAAACAGCAAGUCUGUGUUAAUAAAGAGAUGUGCGAGUCCUGAAUGAGGAGAGAUAAGUUAGUGUAAUGGUAGUGCCAAUGUGUUCUGUAAGUGUCCCCUGUGUGUUGUAUGUGCCACAUCAGGUGUUUUUCUAUCAGAACAGCUUAGUCAGUAUUAUUCGGCAUACAGUAUUUUCAAUUAGUAUUUAUCUACUUUAGUCUCAUUUCAUACAGCUAUCCUGUAUUUCUCGAUGGCAUUGACGCUCAUCUAUGUGGCAUUAUUCUAAUUCAUUUUCUUGGUGGCAUUGAUAACACACAGACAUCUAAAUGGACUGAUACAUGCUUUAUAGAGUCGACGAGUUAGAGGGUAGGAAGCUUAUAUUCAUGUGCUUGUGCCUAUUCAGAUGCGUUCUUCCCUUGUUCAGUUAAAUGAACAAGGUCUUGAUACCUGCUUAUAACCUACUUUCAGUAAACUAUAUUUCAUUACGGCAAUGCAAAGUAUUUAACAUAUUAAUUAUGCUUUGAGAAUUAUCAAACAAUAUGGAGAUAAUAUGCUUGCAACUUCACGUGUAAGAAAUAUAUUGCAAACAAUACUAACAUUAUAGGUUACUCCCGUCGACUGCUUUACAUAUCUUGUGAGUAAUUGUCAGUGAACUCCCUAGCUUGCUAGAACUGGCUUCCUUAAACAUUAACAUUCUGUGAAGCUAACUAGGCUCGAUAUAAUAAAUUAGUAUAGAUUACCCUUUGGGCAUUAAAGUGAAAUUAUCUCAUAAAACCGGUGUGAUAAUUGGCAUUAGAUUUAGCUUGGAUCAGGAGUAACGUAUCUUUUAAAAGACUUGGUUACACUAAAACGUGUGCAGUAAUAACCGGUAAUCCAAGAGUGCACAUUAAAUGUAUCAUGUUAGCUUUAACAGGCAAUUAUCGGUAGCUGGUGAUGAAAACGUAUUUACUAUGGAAUACUGACAUGCUGUGUGUGCUACCAAAUCUGCCGUAGCAAGUACUUUUAGGUACCUAGCUAGAGAGUACUAUCCAGAGUAAUUUAUUCAUAUCAUGCAGUUUAUUUGAAUGAACAAUCAGGAAUCACUUUGGUGAUUGAUGAAUGUUGCAUCCUUAUGGAUUUUUUAUAGCAAUCUCGCUAACUCGUUUAAAUUGGUCCUUUUCUGUAAUAGGUGCCAAACCACUCUGUCAAUGUGUCUUAGUCAAGGCGGCCAAAUACUUGAACUGCACUAAAAAAUAUUUUUUUCUUUCUUUUUCGUAUUCUGUAUACGCAAAUGUGAUAUAUAACACCGUAGAUCCUAAAUAUGAAAGUUAGAACAGCUAGAUAUGAACUUCUUAGACCAGUUAAUUGCAAUAUAACCAUCAUCUGGUAUAAGUGGAAAAUACAUAUACUGUUUUAUAUAUACAUA